AACUAGCACAUUUUUAAUAUAUAAUAUAGGCUGCCAUAUUGGAAUGACGUCAUACUUUGCCUAAACUUGCACAAACCUGUCCAAAUUGGCCACGCCUGAAAAUACUUUUAUGAUCCUGCCCGACAAUCGGGUAAUAUCAUUUGUUAUUACAUUCAGCAGUUACCAUGGCAAUAGCAGAUAUACAACUUGAGAAGGAAUAUUCGAAACAUCAGUUGUGAAGAAGAAAAGAAUCACAAUACUCUGUUUGUAGAGGUUGCAAAAACGUCCAACAAUGCAUCGUAUUCACAGUAGACACUCCGUAGAGAGUGAUAUAGAAAUGGAUGGCUUAGCUGAGCAAGAACUGGAAAAACUUCAACGCCAGUAUCGUGUCAUGGACGGUCAACGUCGGACAUUCUGCGAACAAUCACAGAAUAUCAUCAGAAAACAACAAGGUCAAAUAGCUCAACUUGAUGAAGAAAUCCAAGAAUUAAAGAAGGAGUUAGAGCUUGCUGGUAGUAAACAGAAUCAUCAAAAGGACAACAAAAAUACUGACUAUCUUCUAAAACUACUAGAGAGAGACGGAGCUUUAAAAGUACAGUAUAAUGAGGAGAAAAAACUUAUUUGCAACCUUGAUCAACAGAUUAAACUGGCUGAAAGAUCAAAAAAUUCUGAAAGACAAACUAUGAGAGGGACAAAUGCACGACAUCAGAUCCUCAUUCAAAUAGGAAAACAGAUACGAGUGAUGGAAAAUAGACUUGAUAAAAAAACGACUCAGUUCAAUAGUUAUCUUGCAAAAAACUCCAAGCUUCGAGAUGAGAUUGAUCACGCACGAAAAGUCCGAGCGAUUUUUGACGGAGAAUACAAGAAACUGGAAGAAAAUUUGGCAGAGUUAAAACGUGAAAUGGGUGAAAUUAUUGAGAUGUCUUCAGCUGCAUACGACGCAAGGGAUGAAGCACAGUCAAAAAUGAUCGCAAUCAAAGAGAAAGCGGACAAGGAUCUCGCUCAAUACAACAUGGAACUAAAAGAACUAAUUCGUAUCAUUGAUCAUGAUAGGAAACUGAAAGAAUUCAUGAGAGUGAAAGGAGAGGAACGCACUGACAUUGUUGAUAGCGAUUUUAGCCAGAAGCAAAAAAAAGAGACAGAAAAGGAUAAAGGGGACCGCGAGGAAACUGUUGAGUCUUAUGAAGAAGCAUUUGAGAAGUUAAAAUUAGCAACAGAUAUUGACGAUAUCGAUCUUCUUGUCAAUAAAUUCGUGGAAGUUGAAGACAAAAAUUUUGCUCUCUUUAAUUACGUGAACGAGUUGAAUAACGACAUCGAAUUAUUGCAAGAACAGAUCAACAUGGCUCAAGAUGAUAUUGAUAAAUUCAAAAGUGAAGGCGUCGAUGUUGAAGAGGAACGUAAGAAUAUUUUAAGAAAGUUAGAGGAUGAAUUACACAAGGCAUCUAAAACUGGGGAAGAUUGUGAUCGCGAUUACAAAGGAAUGCAUAAGAUUAUAGAGCAGCUAAAGGAAGGGGUGGAUUCAUUGUUCAAGAAGAUCAAAUGUGAUAAAUCAUCUGUAAGAGACAUGUUAGGUGGUGUUGCUGGAGUAACUGAAGGAAAUAUGAUGCAGUAUCUAGGCAUAAUCGAGCAAAGAACCAAUGAACUCCUUCAAGCGCAUGCGUAUAAAAACGCCAAAAUUCAAGACCCGGAUCGAGUAGAUUUGAGUGUUGUUGGACUUCUAGGUGGUGGUCCUCAGAUAGCUGCAGGAUCGAUAGCUAUUGUUCCUCCUACGACGUGUGAUGAUUACGAAACUGAAGGCAGUACGGAGGAAAGUGAAGACGAAUGUCGUCCAUUGACAGCGCAGGAAUUAAAAAACAAGAUAAUGAAAAGUAUCAAUCGUCGGGAAGUCCAACCGAGGAAUUCUUCUCCUCCACAUUCUGCACGCUCUGAUGAAAAAACAGCGACAAAACAUAAGAAGAAAAUGGCUGCCAAUGAUGAAGGCAUAAAGCGAGAGAAAAGAGCGCGUAUUGUUUCUGAAUUUUCUGAAAUUUCUGAGGAAGAUAACGAUGUUGAACUUGUAAAAGGUGAAGGGGACUCGCCUGGAGUAGUUAUUUAUGAAAUGAGUUCAGAUAAUGACGAAUCGCUGCUGAAUGAAAAACCAAGUUCAAAUGAUGUCAGUCCUGUCCUUCAGGCAAAUGAAGAAAGUGACAAUGAAAGUGUUGAUGAUGAAAUGAAGUCAGACAUGAAUAGUGUUAAGGAUGUUCAUGACAAUGUUGAUGGAAAGACAAAUGUCACAGGUGAAAAGAGAAAAAGACUUGAAUCAAGUGACUACAUCACUAAAACAAUGGAAGAUCUUGAGGAUUUACAGGAGGAUAUUCACAAAGAACUUGCACAAAUCACUGAGAAAUCUAGUAGAAAAGGAAAAAGUAGAAAAGAUCAUAGAAAAAGAGAUAAGCAUCAAAAUGAUGAAAGUUUUCUGAAAUACAGAAAUCGUGAAAGAGACACUCGAAUUAGACAGAAAGAUCGAACUCGAGAACGAGAACAGCAAAGGAAAAAUGACAAUCGCAGCGAAAGUAGAAGAGAGGGAAGCCUUGGUACUCGUCAAGAUAAGAAGGGACAAAAAUACCAUGAUGUUGACUUUGAUAAACCAUGGUCCUAUGAUUCAAGGAAGAUAAGAACUGGUAAAACUAGCAAACAUGAGGAUCGUCAUUGGAUGGAUUUACGGAAGGAUAUAACUCAGAGGAAUGAAAAGAAGAGUAUUGUUGACAAUAGAGGUUCUAAAGAUUUAAAGAAAUCAACAGAAGACUAUCGUUCAAAGGAAUUGACAAAGAAAAUGGAUGGAAAAGAUGUAAGGCACUCUUUUAAAGACAGUAAAAUAUCUAUAUCAAAGGAUCAAAGUGAAUCUAAGGAUAGUAGUAAGAUACCAAAAGAGCAUCGAAAGUCUGCACAGGUAUCUAAAGAACCAGUACAGAAGGGGAUUAUGAGUGACUCAAUGAGGGAACUGGUUAGGCAGAGUCUCAAAGAAAGUAAAGGUCUUUCGCAAGAAGUUGUUGAAGAAGAAAGUGAUGAAAGUCCGCAGCAUAUUCAUAUGACGGAAAGUUCACCUGAGCUUCCCAAGCUUCCACCCUAUUUUCCAGCUAUCCAAGGCUGUAGAAGUGUUGAAGAGUUCCAGUGGUUAAAUAGGAUUGAAGAAGGAACAUAUGGGGUUGUUUAUCGUGCAAAAGACAAGAGAACAGGAGAAGUGGUUGCAUUAAAAAAAUUGAAAAUGGAAAAAGAAAAGGAGGGAUUUCCAAUAACUUCAUUGCGUGAAAUUAACACUUUGUUGAAAGCUCAGCAUCCUAACAUUGUUACAGUACAGGAAAUAGUUGUUGGUAGUAACAUGGAUAAGAUCUAUAUUGUCAUGGAUUUUGUUGAACAUGAUUUAAAGGCAUUGAUGGAAACAAUGACUCACCCAUUUCUUGCUGGUGAGAUUAAAACAAUAAUGAUUCAAUUGCUACGUGCUGUUAAUCAUCUCCAUGAUAAUUGGAUCCUUCACAGAGAUAUUAAAACUUCUAACUUAUUGCUUAGUAACAAAGGUGUUCUUAAGGUUGGGGAUUUUGGUUUAGCACGUGAAUAUGGUUCACCAUUAAAAUAUUACACUCCAGUUGUUGUUACACUCUGGUAUCGAGCACCAGAACUUUUGCUUGGAGCAAAGGAAUAUUGGACGCCCAUUGAUAUUUGGUCAGUAGGCUGUGUCUUUGCUGAACUGUUGACAAUGAAGCCAUUAUUUAAUGGUCAGACUGAGAUCAGUCAAAUCAACAAAAUCUUUAAAGAAUUGGGAACACCCAGUGACAAGAUAUGGCCAGGUCCACCAGCAUAUUCCGAGCAUCCAGCCGUAAAGAAAAUUACUUUUUCUGAAUAUCCUUACAAUAAUCUUCGUAACAAGUUUGGAGCAACACUCACAGAUAAUGGCUUUGAUUUAUUGAACAGUUUUUUGACAUAUGAUCCUCAGAGAAGGAUAACGGCUGAUGCAGCAUUACGUCACAACUUUUUCAAAGAAGCACCAAGUCCCGUAGAUCCUUCACACUUUCCAUCAUGGCCUGCCAGGAGUGAAGGAAGUAAACGAGCUAAAAAAGCCAGUCCAAAAGCACCAGAAGGAGGAGAUUUUUAUAAAUCACUUUCUGAAGAUGGUGAAAAGAGUGACGGCUCAUUUCAUAUGCCUGUGGGCAAAUCUCAAGGAAAAACAGCUGUACCAGCUUUUACACUCAGGUUCUAAGUGAUUUCUUCUAACAAAAUGAAACACCUAAGAACUUUGAAAGUCAGGUAUGACAACAAUUAUGUAAUUAUUUAUUUGAUCAUUAACCAACACUCUCCCACACCUUUUACCCUGUAAUAUAAUUAAAAAUAUACAAGUUGAUGUUUAAUGUUUCAUGUGUACCAACAAUUUUAAUCCUAAAUUAAAAAGAGGAAUGAAGAGUUUGACUUUCA